AAGCGCUGGCACAUGCGCAGUGGCGCUCCACGUGAACGUGUGCGUUUCUCCUCAGACCCGAGGAUGCCGCCCGAACGCCGGAGCCGGACGAAGGCAGCUCGGAGAGCCGGCGCGACGCCGGGGAGGAAAGCCAGACCCGGGAGCGGCAGGACGCCCCGGAAGUCCGCCGGUUCAUCCCAACGGACGCAGCCGGCCGGGCCGAGGGCGGCCCCUAGCGCGGUCACCGCGGCGGCGGCGGCGGCGGCGGAGGAGGAGGAGAGCCGGCUCCGGCAGCGGAACCGCUUGACGCUCGAAGACUUGGACAAGCCGGCCGCCGAGCGGUGCCUGGAGCAGCUUGUCUUCGGCGACGUCGAGGGCGACGAGGACGCGCUGCUGCGGCGGCUGGGGAGCUCGCGGGGACAACUGCAUGGAAGCUCAGAUGACUCGGAAGUGGAAAAUGAAACGAAAGAUAAUCUUCCUCAGAAGAAGAAGCCAGUUUGGGUGGAUGAAGAUGAUGAGGAAGAGGAAAUAGUUGAUAUGAUGAACAAUCGGUUUCGGAAAGAUAUAAUGAAAAAUGCCAGCGAAAGUAAACUUACAAAAGAUAAGCUUCAAAAGAGGCUUAAAGAAGAAUUCCAGCAUGCCAUGGGAGGAGUACCUGAUUGGGCAGAGACUGGGAGCAAGCGGAGAAUGUCUUCAGAUGAUGAAAGUGAAGAGGAUGAAGAUGAUUUGUUGCAAAGGACUGGGAAUUUCAUAUCCACAUCCACUUCUCUUCCAAGAGGAAUCUUGAAGAUGAAGAACUGCCGGCCUGCCAAUGCUGAACGGCCGACCACUGCUCGAAUAUCAUCAGUGCAGUUCCAUCCUGGUGCACAGGUGGUGAUGGUCUCUGGGGUAGAUAAUGCUAUCUCAUUGUUUCAGGUUGAUGGCAAAACAAACCCUAAAAUCCAGAGCAUCUAUUUGGAAAAGUUUCCAAUCUUUAAGGCUUGUUUCAGUGCUAACGGAGAACAGGUUUUAGCCACAAGUAUGCACAGCAAGGUUCUUUAUGUCUAUGAUAUGCUAGCUGGAAAGCUAACUCCUGUACACCAAGUGAGAG